AUGUCGAAACGAACGAGACAGUCCAAAUUCUUAGAAGAUAUAAAUAAUAUUGGAGAAGAGUUUUCGGAAAUUGGUGAAGAUGAACUUUCUGAAAACGAAGAUAUAUUGGUUACAAACGAAAAUGAGUCUGAAUCUACAGAUACUGACAAUGAAGAGGAAAAUAUUGUGAAUAUCGGUUGUGGACGAAAAAGAAGAAGAUUACUCUCAAGUUCUGAAGAAAGUGAAGCAGAAAUAAAUGAACAACAUGUUGCAAUUGAUGGAUCUGUUUGGGAAGAAAUACAAAUAGGUGGCACACCUGGAAGACCACCACUUCAUAACAUUUUUAGGCAAGAAGUAGGCCCAACAGGAUAUGCUAAACGUCAUAUAAUGAAAGGUAAAGUUAGUACUGCAUUUUCAUUGAUAAUUGACCACCGUAUUAUGAACCAUAUAAGAGCAUGCACAAUAGAAGAAGCAAACAGAGUGUUAGGAUCCGAUUGGAGUUUAUCUCAAGAAAAACUUGCUGCAUUUAUUGCAAUUUUAUAUGCACGAGCUGCAUAUGGAGCAAAUAAUUUGAAACUUUCUUUUUUGUGGAAUAAUAUAUGGGGGCCCAAAUUUUUUUCUGAAACUAUGAGCAGAAAUAAUUUUACCGAAAUUCUUAGAUUUAUUCGUUUUGAUAAAAAAAGUCAGCGGAGUGAACGUUUGAAAGCAGAUAAAUUUGCUAUGGUAUCCACGAUUUGGAAUAUUUUCAUUGAGAACAGCCAAAACUGUUACAAACCGGGUGGUAAUAUUACUAUAGAUGAACAGCUAUUUCCGACUAAAGUACGAUGUAGAUUUACGCAAUACAUGCCUAACAAGCCGGAUAAAUUUGGAAUCAAAUUUUGGUUAGCAUCGGACGUCGAUAGCAAAUACGUCAUAAAUGCAUUUCCAUAUCUAGGAAAAGAUGAAAAUAGACCUUCUUCAGUACAACUCUCUGAAUAUGUUGUACUCAAGCUGAUCGAGCCAUUUACGGGUUGCGGAAGAACUGUGACCACAGACAACUUCUUUACAAGCAAAUCCCUAGCCAUACAACUUCUAGCAAAAAGAACUACCCUAGUUGGAACCAUUCGCUCAAACAAAAGGGAGCUACCACUAAUUGCAAAGCAAAAGAAAGAUGACAUGGCAAGAUAUUCUUCGAAAAUUUUUACUUCUGAUAAUUGUACUCUUACAAUUUAUAAAAGCAAGUCAAAUAAAAAGGUACUUUUACUUAGUUCUAAACAUAAAUUUGUAUCAAUAGAAAAUAAUGAUAAGCGUUUACCUGAAACUGUUUCAUAUUACAAUAAAACCAAAUUUGGUGUAGACAUGACCGAUCAAAUGGCGAGGAAAUUUACUACAAAGUCUAAGUCUUGCAGAUGGCCACUCCAAGUUUUUUUCAAUAUCCUUGAUUUAGCUGGUAUAAAUGCUUGGAUUUUAUACAAGCAAACGACAGGAGAUAAUAUUUCGAGACAAGAUUUUUUUACUCAAGCUAGCAGUAGAACUUGCCGACGAUUUUCGAGUUGCCCGUGA